CGGAUAUAUAUGUAUUUUAUAUAUUUUUGGUUGAAUGGUGACAGGAUUGGUUGAAAUGAAUAAUGCACUUGAACAGUACGUCUCAUCAGUCUCUUCAUCCACACCCUCUAUCUCAAAUCAGAUCCGGCAAUGGAAGAGAGAGCCGACGAAGCACAAGGUCCUCUAGAGAAGGCGAUGGCUCCUCUGUUAGGGGAUGACAAUGUGGCGGAAGAGAAAGACAUAAAAACAAAGAGAAAGAUAUGGAUGGAGACGAAGAAGCUAUGGCGUAUUGUUGGACCAGCCAUAUUCACUAGGGUCUCCACCUAUUCGAUCUUCAUCAUCACUCAGGCCUUCGCCGGCCACCUCGGCGAGCUUGAGCUAGCCGCCAUAUCCAUCGUCAACAACGUCAUCGUUGGCUUCAACUAUGGCCUCCUCCUUGGAAUGGCCACGGCGUUGGAAACGUUGUGCGGUCAAGCGUAUGGAGCGAAGAAGUAUGACAAGUUGGGAGUGUAUUUGCAGCGAUCUUGGAUUGUUCUCUUCUUGUGCUCCAUCUUGCUACUCCCUGUGUACUUCUUCACGUCUCCGAUUCUUAAGUUCGUCGGCCAGCCUGAUGACAUCGCCGAGCUCUCUGGUACCGUAGCCGUUUGGGCCAUUCCUGCCCAUUUCUCAUUUGCAUUCUUUUUUCCUAUCAACAGAUUCCUCCAAUCCCAGCUCAAGAAUAUGGUGAUUGCAAUCUCCUCAGGAUUGGCAUUUGUGGUACACAUAUUUGUGUGUUGGCUUUUUGUGUAUGUUCUUAAACUUGGAGUCAUAGGGACCAUCGCUACUGCUAAUGUGUCAUGGUGGCUCAAUGUCUUCAUCUUAUUUACAUACACCACUUGUGGCGGUUGUCCGCUCACUUGGACCGGUUUCUCCGUCGAAGCUUUCACUAGACUAUGGGAGUUCACUAAGCUCUCUGCAUCCUCUGGAAUCAUGCUUUGCUUGGAGAAUUGGUAUUAUAGGAUUUUAAUUGUGAUGACAGGAAAUCUCCAGGACGCAAAAAUUGCUGUCGACUCUAUGUCUAUAUGCAUGUUGAUAAAUGGUCUGGAGACGAUGAUUCCACUUGCUUUUUUCGCGGGGACCAGUGUACGAGUAGCGAAUGAAUUAGGAGCAGGAAACGGGGGAAAAGCAAGGUUUGCAAUGAUCAUAUCAGUGAUACAAUCGUUAAUCAUCGGAAUAAUCCUAUCUGUGCUCGUAGUCUUUCUUCAUAAUCAAAUCGGUUGGAUCUUCUCUUCAAGCGAAGCUGUUAUAAAAGCAGUGAAUAACCUUUCUAUUCUUUUAGCGUUUACGAUUCUUCUCAACAGCGUCUAUCCCGUUCUUUCCGGUGCUGCGGUUGGUUCGGGUUGGCAGUCAGUAGUGGCAUACAUUAAUCUAGGAUGCUACUAUUUCAUUGGACUUCCACUUGGAUUUGUCAUGGGUUGGGUUUUCAACACCGGUGUCAAGGGUAUUUGGGCUGGUAUGAUAUUCGGAGGAACCGCUAUUCAGACGUUUAUAUUGAUUUUUAUUACUAUGAGAUGUGACUGGGAGAAUGAGGCACAAAAAGCAAGCAUGCGCGUUAAAAAUUGGCAGGUCUCUGAUGCAAGAAAAUGAAAGUGAAAUCUUAAAUGUUCCAUAAUAUUGUCUCUGGAGCAUAUGUUUUGAAAUAAGUGACUAAGCCCAAUACAUAUUGUAUCAUGUCAAUCACAUAAACAAAUGAUCGAAGGCCACAGCUGGAGCAAUGACCGAUUUGUUUUCUUUAUGAAUGUUUUAUAACAGAAUAGGAAAUUAAGUA